AUGAGGAGAGUCCAAGAUAAAUUGUUUUGGCAUUAUGAUAAGCAUGGGGUUUACCAGGUGAAGUCGGGGUAUCAUAUUACUAGAAUCACAGAUCAAACUGUUGGGUGUGCUUCAUCGUCUGGUACAGUUGGUCCGGGAAGUGGAGGUUGUUGGAAGAAGAUAUGGCAGGCGAAUGUUCCCCCAAAAGUCAGAAGUUUCAUUUGGAGACUAUGCUUGGAAGUGAUCCCUACGAGAGCAGCCUUGAGUCGACGACUGUUCAUAACUGAUGUGAGGUGCAUAUUCUGUGGUAACGAGGUAGAAACUGGACUGCAUUUGUUCCGGGAUUGCCCGGUGGUGCAGUCUUUUUGGAAGCAUAAUCCUCUACACUUGAGAAGCUAUUCUUACCCGGGAUCAACUCUAGCUGUUUGGGUUUUUUUGGUCAUGGAUAACCUUUCUAUGCAGCAGUUGGAAGGGUUUUUUAUGGCAUUGUGGACAGUGUGGAUAGAACGUAACAACAUGAUAUGGAGAGGAGGUUCAUGCAAUCCUUCUAACAUGUCAGUGUGGGCCAUGCAACUCUUGGAGGAAUAUAAGAAGGUUCACACCAAACCUUCAGUGAAGAUGAAGAGGCCUAGAGCUAAGUGGUGCUGCCCCCCGAGUGGAAGACUCAAACUGAAUAUAGAUGGAGCUUAUUUGGAAGAUGGGAGGAAAGGUGGAAUCGGUGUAGUGGUCAGAAAUGAAUAUGGAAAUUGUGUAGCUGCCUUAUCUCGACAUAUGCCUUAUGCUAGUUCGGCGAUGCACAUGGAGGCGGAGGCACUACGUGCUAGUUUGCUCAUUGCAAUUCACCAAGGGUGGGAUGAAGUUGAGAUCGAGGGCGAUUGUGCAAUAGUUAUGAAGGCAUUGGCUAAUACAGAUGGUGAUGUGAUUGAGGUUAGCUCUAUUUUGUCUGAUUGUCGUCAUUAUAUGGAGGCGUUUAGACUUAUACUACUUCGUCACAUUUAUAGAGAAGCAAAUGGUGUGGCGCAUAGAUUGGCACACUUUGCUAGAUCAUCGAGUUUAUAUGAGUUUUGGGUUGACGAGACUCCUGAUAUUAUUCAGGAUGUUCUGAUGGAGGAUGGUUGUAAUAUCUCACGAUGUUUAGGCAAUAUGUCCCCCUCGUUGUAUGAUCUCUCUCUUGCUAAUAAUAAUAUGGGUGAUAAUACCUAG